GGGAGGGGGGGGGAUCAGCAGCCUUUUAUUUUCUUUGCUUAACAAAUAAAAAAUGAAUGGUAGCAUCUCACUUAGACCUUUGCAUUUACGAAUACUAUUUCCACAUCUGUUGACGUUAUCUAAAACUAACCCGAGAAGAUAUAAAGCACCCAAAGAUAUUACUCAUUCCAAAGCCAUUGACUUGGAACUCUAUACUUAUUUUGCUUUGCUUCUAAGAGACUUCAUUCAUCCUUGGUACAGAUUGCUUUCCACUGAUGAAGAACUUUCUGCUGAAAUAUUAAAUAUACUGACCUUAGUUGUUCAAAAACUAGAGAAACGUUUAUGCGACGAGGUACAUAUAUUUUAUAAAAAGAGGGCCUGGAAUUCUUUCCGUUUUCUUACUUAUGUAUUAGGUGGAUUGGACAGAGCUUAUACUAUUAGAUCUCCCAAAACUUCUCACCUUACACUAUCACGAUUUUCGACAAGCAAAAGCUCGUUUGUAUAUGGACCAUGGAAGUGGCUGCGAUUCUCUCAGCCAGUUAUUUCAUGGUAUGCAACCUCACUUCGCCUUACAACCUAUCGAAAAUCGGGAGCAAGAGUAUUUAAGACUCUUGACAGAAUCCUUAUUGAAAGCACUUCUGAAACCAGAAGAUUAUCAAAGUGAUUGUGUGCGACAUUUAGUUCGCGAAAUCUUAUCCAACUUGGUCCUGUUCAAUUUGAUUGAAUCUUUGGCGGAUCCUUAUACCAUCCAUAUGAUCAUUUGUAAGCUCCUUUCCUCUUAUGAAGCUUCUCUCGAUGACCUAGAAGCAUCUGGCCAGUUUGCCGAAACAUUCUUCAGUGCACUGACAAACGGUCAAUCUCCUACUAAAUUCAAGGAAGGACUAGAAGAUGCUAAGACCAGUACACCAUUUAUGAGCAGUCAGGAUGUCAAGGAUGCCGCUGCACUUGCUGCCGAGAAUGCUAAACUUAUUGCCAAAGAAAAGAAGGAGAGUUUGACUAAACAAAUGCAGAGAUUACAAGAAGAACGUCGAUUAAAAGAAGGGAUCGAUCCAGUAAAAGACGAAGAACCUCAUACAGCUACAAGUCGUCGUCGAUUUUCAUUUGGAUAUAUUACUCUACAGGUGCUCAUGGCACCAUUUCGUACCUUUUGGUUUUACAUAAUGGCAACAAUGACACAAUCACAGGAAAGAUAUCAGCGUGUUAACCAACAUAAGAAACGAACGAGACAGAUGCGAUUGGUGGAACCCUUGAUGGAAUUUGUGAAUAUUGCUCUAUUGAUAGAAGAUAGACCGGCAUUACAAUGGGCUUGGCAAAUGGUUGGCAUGUUUUUCUGGCCAUUGAUUCGAGUGUUUGGUGGAGGUUUACUGAUUGACAAGUUUCUUGAACAAACAGUGCUGCAUCUCCUAAGCGAGGAUCACAUUGUGUUUUACCUACGGUUAGGAAGCGACCUGUUAUGGCCUGAUGGCGAGUUUUUACAGCGUGUGGAUCCGCCGACACCUUUACAACGGGAACAAAUGCGAGUGAGAGCAGAACGUUUACUGACUAUUUCAAUUCCAGCUAAUAUACGAGCCAUCCUGUUUGAAACAACGGAACUUGAUGAACUACAAAACCAUAUUCACGAUACACUGGAGCCGGUACAAAACAAACAAAUCAACAAACAUUUGCUAUACAUUCUCAUUGAUUUAAUCCUCACCAAAGUCUUGCCCGAAUUACUUGUCAAUCACUAAUUUAACUUUAUAUCUAUCAUUCUGUAUCUAUAUUUAUAUCCCUCCUUAUUUGAGUCAUACUUUAAUAUUAUUCCCUCCACCCAUCUUCAUGUAAAAAUUAAAAACUCUUGUUGUUAUAUGUAUGGAUGAUUUUGAAAUGAAAACACCUGCAUUAAAAUAGUAGUGGAAUUUGAUGCAUUUCGUGGCAGAUUUGAUGGUAUAUGACGAAUAUUACCCUACAACUUUAAUAGCGACUCUAGUAUAAAAUGUGGAGACCAUUCCACUGUUAUUAGGACUAUGUAGAUAUCAAACAAUUACAAUAAGUAGGAC